CAACAUCGACAGCUGUUAUGUCAGCCUGUCAGCCAAAUUGUUGGUGGAUAAUAUUGUCGUUUGCGUUUGCGGAGUGCCGUAUUCGUCGGAACUGUUGUGGUGGGAAUCAAGAAUUUAAACAUUUUAUCAUUUCAUAUCAAACCAGAUAGAACCUUCAAGGUCACACAUUGACUUUGUUAUUGUCUAUAGUGCGCGCUGAACGAAAACACAACUAAACGUAUUUUAUUAGUGCACCAAAAAAUAGAAGAAAGAUGCGGUUAACGCCGAGGUAUUUUCAAAAUAUGUCCAAAAUGCUGGACUUCUAUUCCCAGUUCAAUCCAUCGCCGUUAUCGAUAAAGAAGUUUAUCGAUUUUGGUCAGACACCCUGGUUAAAAAUCGAUUUUCCAAAUUGCACUGCUUGUGCUUGUAUUUAUUUCGUCGAAAAAAGCAAAUCCAACAUGAUUAAUGGACUUGAUUCCAUGUCUUUUUACCCUUUCAUUACUUACUUUGUUUAA